AUGAAGCUCGUCCGGUUUUUGAUGAAGCUCAACAAUGAGAGCGUUACAAUUGAGCUGAAGAAUGGGACCGUGGUCCACGGGACAGUGACGGGUGUGGAUGUGCAAAUGAACACCUACUUGAAAGCGGUGAAACUGAUUGUGCGUGGGCGCGAGCCGAUCUCUCUGGAUACAUUGUCGAUCCGUGGGAAUAAUACGCGGUACUGGAUCCUGCCGGAUGCACUGCCGCUGGAUACAUUGCUGGUGGACGACGCGCCGAGAACGAAAGGCAAGCGGAAAGACCCAGCUGCGGCAGCAGGGGCGGGACGUGCCGAUCGUGGCCGUGGCCGUGGCCGUGGCCGCGGUCGCGGUCGCCCGUAG